UGCUCACUUGCACGACUUGUCCUUGAUUUCCUACGGGGAGGUGAUAGCUGCGGACUGAGGACUGCACAGGCGCUAGAUCAACGAAAUACUUGCACAUAUCAGCGUUAAAUUGUCACCAUGGUGUUUGUUCCAGACGAGGGGAAGUCGCUCGCCCCUCCGGGAAUAGUGAACAGGAACUCGGUGUGGUUGUCCGGUGUCGGCUGGGUCUCCGCGAUGCUCCAUAAUGCUCUCAACCAAAGGCCGCCAAUGAGAGCAGGUGUCCAUCGGCAGUUCCUUCUGGCUACUAUUGGCUGGUUCAUUGGUUAUCAUGUCACGAAAUAUGAAAACUACAUCUAUGCCAAGCUGGACCGAGACAUGAAUCAGUAUGUUAAGCUCCACCCAGAGAGAUUUGAAUCGAAAGAAAAAAAGACCUUUGCUGAGAUUGUGGAGCCGUUCCAUCCUGUGCGCUAAGUCUGAGUGGCUACCAUGGCAACAAAAGGAAGGAAAAGGACCGACUCUUUUAUUUGGCAGCCUUUUUGUGAAAUCAGUCAUAUAAUGAUUGCGUUAUAGAGAUGUAAAUAAUAAAAGAAAUCUACCAAAAUUAAA